UCCUUAUCUCCAUCAUCCGUCCUCCUUCUCGCUCCUUCUUUCUGCCUCCCUCCCUCCUCCUCUCAGGAUUGCAUCCCUCCCUCCUUCUCCCACUCGCUCAUCAGUGAACACAGAGAGUGAGAAUUACGCGAUAGUGUGUUGCCGGUUUGUCCAUCUCGGAGAGAGAGGCUCUCGACUGAACUUCUCGUUUUCCGAGGGGAUUGUGAUCGUCCUCCGGCGAACCAGACUCAUUUACUGGGGGCCUUCCGGCGUCCGAAAAAGGAAAACGUUCUGAUUCUUUGGUAGAGGCGCGCAGUUGCUUCUCUCGCACGCAACUGUCAAGUGUAUACAUACGUAACUGUCGUGACUGCAGGAGUGCCCCCUUCCUCCCUCUCUGUUGCUGGUCUUUCCCUUGAGAUGUGAGAGACGAUUGGGAUCGGUGUCCUGAAUUGGGAUCUAGGGGUAUCUGGGAUUAGGUUCAGUCUUUCGUGGUUCGUUAGCCUGAGUUUAGUGGGUUUUCUUCGAGAAGUUUCAGUAAAAUCUCUGGAUAAGGGACUAGCCCUUUCUUCUGCCUGGCAUUUCGAAGAUCUCUGCAGUGUCUCGUGCAUUUGGUUUGAUUUUCGUAGAAAGCUCAGGAAUACAGUACAACUCAUGUUCUUUCUCAUAGCCCUAGCCUAUCCCCUUUUUUGCUAGCAUUUGCUCGUUUUUGUCGUGGAGCUUUUCGUCAUUUCCUUCUCUUCAUACCUCUGUAACUCUUCUCCAGGAAGCUUCUUCCCUGUAACCCAUAUCCCCUUCGGAGUUGCUUCGAAUAUUCCGCCACCGCUUUGUCCCUUACUGCAGAGCCGACUCUCUUCUCUCUGGAGGCUCUGGGACCGUUCCAUUCUCUGCCUCCAUUCCUUGAAAGUACCAACUAGUUCCUUUUGGAAAGGGAGAAAAGAGAGGCAUUGAUCUUCAAUCGGUCGUCAGUUAAGUCGAAGGUCCAACACUUGGCUGAGGCCUUUUUGUUAGAAUUUCCGAGGAGAGAAGAGAAGCCAUGGCGUCUCAGGACUGCUCUAGCCUCGACACAUGGGCCUUCCGGUCACCUCUGACCGUCGAUUCCUGGUUUUCGGAGACCCUCAUGAGCCGCGAGACGGACGCCCUGACGCGGGCACUUCAGCUCGAGAUCUGCAACACGGACUCCCUCGCAUCCCUCCCCAAGCCGGCCUCCCUCGCAGGCACCAUCACCACCACCGCCACUACUACCACGAGCGCCACGAGCUCAGAGACAGACGGGUCCCUCCCCGCUUCCAGCCGUCGGACCACCGUCGCCCCUCCCCCCACCGGGCGCAUCUCCAAGAGGAAGUCCCGCGCGUCGAAGAAGUCGCCGACGACGUUCAUCAACGCCGACCCCGCGAACUUCCGCCAGAUGGUCCAGCAGAUCACGGGAAUCCGGUGCCCCACGGCCCUGGGAGGAAGCUCCCUCAUCCUGAAACCCGAGCCUCAGAGGCCUCAGUCCGGUUUGCACGUCGGAGCGGCGGGCGGGGGGAUGCUUCCCACUCUGGACACGUCGGCCUUCCUGCUGAACCACCCCGUCUCGGUUCAGACGGACCGCUUCGGGUUCGAAACAGUACAAGCGAACCCGACACUCGACUUCCCCACCUUCCCCACGUCCUUCCCUACGUUGGAGUCUUGGCGCGUUAUGUGAUCAGCAAUGGAAGUUUUUUUUUUCUUAAUUUUCCUUGUUUUUUUCUUUGUUUUUGGUGUCUUUCUUCUUUUUCCUUUUAGUUUAGCGGGGGAUUCCUUAUGGGAUGGGGUCGCCACUCUCUUGUACUUCUUUUCCCCUUUUGUAGAUACGCAUCUCUCUUUCUUCUUCUU